UUUGUCAGCUGCCGUACGCCUUCAGCACCUUUGGUUACGAUACCAGCACAAAUAGUUGCACAAGACCUUGUGGAAAGUCAACUCUUGCUCCUUCCUUGACGAGUAGGCGCUGCAUGAGCUCGGGGAUUUAAUAGUGGCGCGUGCGUCCUUCUCAGAUCAGCUGACUUUAACAUGCGGAAGAAGUAAAUUAGAAAGGUUGGUCGCUGAAAAGCUGAGAUUAAAAAAAGUUUGAUUUAGGAAGAUCAAAGCAUAGGCUAUUAAGAUAAAAAAGUUAAGGAUUCUGGUCAGUCUGCUUCCGAUAUUUUACGCUCUCUGAUCUGUCAGCAGUCUGGAAUGGCACACAGCGAGGCAGUGGUUGUUGUAAAUGAAACUCAGGUGUCCUAUAUUGGACAUGAUUGUGAGGUCAUUCCAGAUUUUCUUGUAGCUAACUAUGGAAGGUUUGCAACACGACUAGAUCUCAGCUUCAACCGACUGAGGUCACUGACAGGCCUGAAAGCGUUCAGCCAACUGGAAGAGCUGAUUGUGGACAACAAUCUUCUCGGAAAUGACCUCCGGUUGCCCAGGUUACCACAGCUCCAUACCCUAACACUCAAUAAGAACCAACUCACCGACAUUGAAGGCCUGCUCGAGCAUUUGCAGGAAGUGACUCCAGCAUUGGAAUACCUCAGCCUGCUGGGAAAUGAGGCAUGUCCCAACCAGCUGGUGAGCCUGGAUAAAGAUGAGGAUGACUACCAGAGAUACAGGUACUUUGUGCUGCACAAUCUGAGGAGGUUGAAGUUCCUGGACAGCAGGACAGUGAGCCAGGUGGAGCGCGCAGAGGCCGAUGCCCGAGGCGCCUUCAUGAAGGUGGUCAAGCCCAAAGCUGUGCAGGAUCCCACUGACCACAGAUCAGAAGUCACCUCCUCACCUUAUAGCCCUCUACCAAAGGGAUCCAAGGAAGGCAGUAAUCACAAAGGGGUGUUUACCAAGAGUCGCUAUAUCUACUAUGGCAGGAAUUCAGAGGGCAAUCGUUUCAUUCGUAAUAACCAGCUCUGACCGAGGGAUGGACAGAGGGAUGGACAGAGGACAGGCAUACGGAAGAGGCUUGAUGAAGAUAUCCUGCUGCACAUCUUUAUGCAUAUACU